AUGUCAAAACAAUUUGUACGCUCUGCGAAAAAUGUCGUUAAGGGUUACUCAUCGGCACAGGUCCUGGUACGCAAUGCUACUUCGAACGAUUCAGAUGGACCCAGUGUGGAUUUGCUAGAUGAUUUGGCAGAGAGAACGUUCGACAGCGUUGACUUCUUCGAGAUAAUGGAUAUGGUAGACAAGCGACUAAAUGAUAAAGGGAAGUACUGGAGGCAUAUUGCGAAGUCUUUGACGGUAUUGGACUACUUGGUAAGAUUUGGUAGCGAAAAUUGUGUUUUAUGGUGUAAGGAAAACUUGUACGUGAUCAAAACGUUGAUGGAAUUUAGACAUGAAGACGAUGGCGGAAUCGAUCAGGGCCAGAUCAUCAGAGUCAAAGCCAAGGAAUUGACGAAUCUUUUGUCCGAUGAGGACAGGUUAAGAGAGGAGAGAAAUAUGAACAAGAGAGGGAAGAAGAACCCCAGAAGAAGGAGAAGAACGAAUACAAAUCCAAAUGAUACUGGAUAUGAUGACGAUUUACAAAAAGCGUUGGGAGAAAGCAGACGUACAGUCGAAGAAGACGAAAGAAGGAGAAAGUUAUUGAAUAAUGAAGAUUCGGAGCUGCAAACAGCCUUGCAGUUAAGUAAGGAGGAAGAAGAAUUGAAGAGAUUGCAGGAGUUGCAGAAAUUACAAGAACAGCAACAAAUGCUCCAGCAACAACAGCAACCGGGACAAACCUAUUAUGAUAUAUUUGGUAAUCCAAUCUCUUACGAGGAGUACAUGCAAUACCAACAGCAGCAAGAUCUACUAGCUCAGCAACAGCAACAACAAGAAUGGUUAGCCCAACAACAAGAGCAACAGAGGCUCGCAGAACAGCAGCAACUCUGGUUGAUGCAACAGGAAGCCAUGCAGCAGCAAGCUUUGGCCCAGCAACAACAGCAGGCUUGGGCACAACAACAAGCCCUUCAAGCACAACAAACCUACUAUCAACAACCGGUAGCAACUGGAUCGAAUAAUCCAUUUGCAUUGAACAAUAUGCAAUUGCAACAAUCACAACAACCAAAACAAGAAUCAUUACCUGACUUCAGUUCGUAUACUCCUUCGAAACCUCAGUCUCCACCUCAAGCGUCUACGCAGCCUAGACCACAGUCCGAACCACAAGCUCAAGUUCAGCAGCCAAUGAAACCAACCAGAACUGGAAAUCAAUCAAUCAGUGAAAAAUAUGGUGAGCUAAAUCAACUGUUGGCGACAGGUACAGGUAUAGACACUUUCGGUAACACCGGUGAGGCUCGUAUUCCAGCUCAACAUACAAAAACUGGUACUUUUAUCAAUUCUCAAGGGACGGGAUUUCGACAAGUUGGCAUUGAACCGAAAAAGAAUCCUUUCUUAAACAGCCAAUAUACUGGCAUUCCAAGUUCUGGUAUUGCUCCUUCAUAUACCGGAUAUGGGUUUGGUAACCAAUCGCAACAAAAUUCGCAGCAACAGCAACCCCAACAAACACAACAUACACAACAAACACAACAAACCCAACAGACACAACAGACACAACAGACGCAACAGACGCAACAGCAGUAUCAACCGCAGUAUCAACAACAAUAUCAACAAUAUCAACAAUAUCAACAACCACAUCCACAACAACAGAAUCAAGCUGCGGACCAAGGAAUUAGUCUGAUUGACCUAUAG